AUGUCGAGAGGCGGCGGAAGGCCGCCCGUGCUGGCGGAAGAUGUGCCGUGGAGGGCUCCUCCGCCGGGGCAGAAGCCCGUCCCAAGGAUCCAGCUGAAUCCGGUCCUGCGUGUCUCCCAGAACGCCACCUCCGCCUACGGGCUAGUCGUCAUGAAGGUAGGUGUCCAAUCCUUCCCUGAUCCCUGUUCUCUGGUUGUUUUUGUUAUCCUUCUCGUAAUUCCUUCUUCUGAAGGUUUUUUUCGUAUGUGCAGCACCCGAAUCCGGUCGGAGAGGGAUUCGCCAGAGAGGCCUUGUUGGAGGCGGCGGGACCCGACUGCAUCGUCCCGGGGCAGAUCACCCCCAUUAAGUUGCUGGGCUUGAAGGUUCAGUGCUUUGAAACAUCCCUUGUCCACGCGUCUUCGUCGUGUCUGCCUUCUUGGUGUGACUUGCAUGUCUUAUUUGUUUAUGAUUGCGUGUUAACCGUUAGCUCUCUCGCAUUUCUUAGUUCCUCUUCUCUCUGUUGGGUUUCUGAACUUUUGGUAUGGCCAUUGAUGGUGCGCGCCGCUUGAAGUUCAUUCAUUAGCGAGGGGACAUGCUGGAUUGUUUUCAUUUGCACGUGGUUUAAAACACUUUUUCCGAGAUAAAAGUUUCUCGAAACAUGGUUGCUACAUUUGCUGAAAUAAAUUAUAUGUGGAAUUUUGAUUUUGAAUCUGGUCACGUUGCUCAGUGAAGGGAUUCGAUUUAUUUUAUUUUAUUUUAUUUUUUAUCGACUGGGCAUGGUACGUUCUAAUUCUUAUGGAUAACACAUAGCUGAGGAGACUGCUGAGAAGCAGUAUUAACUUUCACUGACUAGAGAGAGGUAGCCAGGCUUACGGGCUGGAAAACUCCUAAAUAAGAGCGGAUAUCUUUGAAUUCUGUGUGUUUCUGUGUAUAAGUGAUUUUAUCUGGCCGAUGUUGAUAGGAAACGCUCAUCAUUGUCCUGCUGAUCUCUUUCUCCUCUUCAGCUUUUCUGUGGCAUCACCUUCUAGUUCAUGUUGUUGGCAAGUUUUCACCCAAUAUCUCCGUUUCAGUGAGCUGAAGUGUAAUAAAUUUAAAUUCGGAGUGUCUGUAAUUGAGUGAGCUUAGCGGAACGAUUGGGAUUUGUUUUCAGAGUAGAUCAUUGACUUAUAUAAGAUUACUUACUCAGAGUCCUCGUUGUCUUCAUUUGGAAAGUCGUAUAUGUCUAUGCUUUCCCUAGAUUUUAUUAAGAUGCAUAUUAUGGUAAAACUUUAUCCAUUUCUUUUGCAACGGGCCUCCAUUUAACAACCAAAGCUACUCUUUAAACAUUUUUUUCCUAUUGAAGUCAUUUUCUGGCAGCUACAAAACUGGUGUCCUCCUACUCUUUGUUGCACGAUUCUUGCUAUUCAAAUCGAAAUUUAUUCUCUAGAUUUAGAAAGAAAGGUGUAAUAUCUUUCUACACUGAAUGUACAGAAUGAUCUCCUUGUAUUAUAUCUGAGAAGAUUCUGCCGGUUGACUUCUUGAUUCUUUUGAUAAGCCAUUAAAUAUUAUGGUCAGCUUUUGCAAUGAGCGUCUUUUUUGCAUUAAAAGUGUCUCUUUAAGCAAAUGUUCCUUGGUUCAGGUUUUAAGCCUGUUGAAUUGGCUUAGGAGAAUUAUUCAUAAUCAGGAAUUUAGAUAGAUUUGUUGUGCCUGCACAUCAUAAUGACGUGAGCCACCAACCCUCUUCUCAAGAAAGAAUGUUCUUUGUUGGGGAAUUGCAAUUGGACUAGUUUAAACUCUUCGACAUGCUCCCUGUUUACCCUGAAUCUUGAUGUGCCCUUGGACAUAACAUUAUACAGGUUUGGCCAAUUGAUGUCAACUUGAAGAUUUUGGAGCCUGUUGGACGAGAGCUGCAAUCAGUCGGGAAGGUGCGUCACUUGAUCUGUUCAUGACUGCAUUUUAUGGGUGACUUUCAAAUACGUAUCUUCGUUUCUUGAUUGUUUUCAUUGGCUCAUAUAUUUGAAGCAGAGAAUUGAAUAUUGAUUUUGCACAAAAUGCUCAUACUGUUGUCGGAUGAGAAGCUUCUUUAGGCACUACCCUUACUCAGCAAUACUUUGGUCAUGAGUAGUUCUAGAAAUAUCGUGCGUUGUUAGAAAUGUCAUGUAUUAUUGAGUAGCUCUACCCGACAAUAUACUUUGGACAUUCAUAGUUUUCUUUUCCAGUAUGGAUUUUAUGUGAAUGGAAUGAGGCUGAUACAUAGAUUUUUAUUUGGUCUCUGCUCUUUGGGAUGAUUUUUCUACCCAUGGUUCAAUAGGCUUCCUUUGAGCUCCCGGACAAUGACUGAUAAAUGAGGAACACAACUAGUUUAGACUCCCUUUUUUGGCAUGUGAUGACGAUUGAAGAGAAAUAUGCAAUGCGGGACCCAAUAUCAUCUAUGAUGACGUUUAGGCAAAUAUAUAUAUAUAUUUGUCAUGCUCUGUUCGAAAAUCAUGAAAUGUGGUCUUGACAAUUCCGAGAUAAAAAUCAUUCUUAUUUACGUGUAUUUUAAUCAUGUAUUACCAUCAUUAGGACUCCCAAAUUCUGUCAUUAUACACAGAAUGGUACGGAGAUGAAGAUGCCAUUUGGUCACUUAUUGCUAAAAUUGAUGUUCUUUCGGAGCUGCAUAGCUUACUGCUAUUUCUGGGUUUCCGUUGCCGUUGACUUUCUCUGAUUUAUACAUUUUCUUAGCAACACUCUGAAAUAUACCAUUAUCAAUAGCCUCCCUUCAUCGAUAUGUUGAAUACUUCCUUGUUCUUUCCUUGUUCUUCCAUCAUCAUUGAGAAUCUUCCCUCUGUGAGCUGAGAAAUCUUCCCUCCUUCUCUGUUGGGCUUCAGUUUUUGGAUGCAGCUGUGAACCUCAUGAACGCCUCCUUCCAAGAUCGCUAG